CCGUGGUUUCCAGUUCUCCAGAAGCCUGGGCGAGUGAGGACCUACAAAGUUUGUCCGCUCCGGGGCGCCAUACCGGGUCUGCUCCCGGCCGGCCGGGCUGGGGCGGUCUGAGCCCAGGAGACCCUGAUGGCCGCAGUGUUCCUGGUAACGCUCUACGAAUACUCGCCGCUCUUCUACAUCGCGGUGGUUUUCACCUGCUUCAUCGUCACCACCGGCCUGGUACUAGGAUGGUUUGGUUGGGAUGUUCCAGUAAUUCUGAGAAAUUCAGAAGAGAUCCAGUUCAGCACAAGAGCGUUCAAGAAACAAAUGAGACAAGUCAAGAACCCUUUCGGUUUAGAGAUCACUAACUCCUCUUCAGCUUCACUAGCAGCUGGCGUGACCUUGACAACAGAUUGCCUUGAAGACAGCCGUCUUACAUGCUUCUGGGGGUGCAGUGUCCAAAGGCUCUAUGAAGCUCUUCAGAAGCACAGGUACUGCUUCAGGAUAAGCACCCCACAAGCGUUAGAAGAGGCCCUGUACAGCGACUAUCUCCACCGGGAACAGUAUUUUAUUAAAAAGCACAGCAAAGAAGAAAUAUAUUGCCAAUUACCGAGAGAUACUGAAAUUGAAGACUUUGGUCCAGUUCCCAGAUCUCGCUAUCCGUUGGUAGCUCUGUUGACCCUGGCUGAUGAGGAUGAUCGGGAAAUUUAUGAUAUUAUCUCCAUGGUGUCAGUAAUUCAUAUUCCUGAUAAGACUUACAAACUGCCCUGUAGAAUAUUGUAUCAAUAUUUACUCCUGGCUCAAGGCCAAUUUUAUGAUCUUAAGCAACUUUUCAUGUCUGCAAACAGUAGUCCCAGUCCCUCCAGCAAGCCCUCUCCAGCAGACAGAAAUGCCGAGCAGAGCUUACUGGAGAAGGCAGGCCUGGCUGGGAGUGAAGUGGAGCCAGUGGAGGAGAGCAGCAAGGACUGCGUGGUGUGCCAGAACGGGGGCGUGAACUGGGUGCUCCUGCCUUGCCGGCAUGCCUGCCUGUGUGACAGCUGUGUGUGCUACUUCAAACAGUGUCCCAUGUGCCGGCAGUUUGUGCAGGAAUCUUUUGCACUUUGCGGUCAGAAAGAGCCAGACAAGGACAUGCUGGAAACCUCCUGAAGACAUCACAGUCCGAGAUAGUUCUACACAAGGCGUGGAACCUGUGCCCUUAGGAUCAGUUGUAACACCGAACUUACAGUCGUGACUCUCAGAGAGAAUUCUAUUUUCACUUCAUACUUAAACAACGUGGAUGAUGAAAAGUUCUUCCUGCUCGGCAUGGCGAGCCCUGGAGUACAGUCUUUGUUGAUACCUAAAACGCAACUCACUCUUGAGAAGAAUGUAAACAUCUGGCUUUUGCCAGAUAGAAGAUUUCAUAUAAUGUGGAUGAGAAAGUCACUCUGAAAAUCCAUCCACUUGACAUUCCAGGCGAUGCAAGUUUCAGGGUGAAUGACUGCUUUUCCUUGAAUCCUACUUAAAGUAAUUAUAUGUCCCCCAGUUUACAAAGUUAUUGGAAGGGGCUUUUUACCUUCCACUGUCUCUGAAAUGAGUUUUUAUAAAUAUUCAUUUGGUUUCAAAGUUUCCUUAUCAGAGUUACAUAAACACGUGUCUUAACUUUUCCAUAUAGAUUUUGAAGCCAUAAACAUAAGGCACAGUUCUGAUUGUUCCCAUGUGUCAUAGAUUAUAUGACUCUCACCUAUAAGAGGCAGAUACAUAACACCUGGUUAAUAAAAUCUCAUGGAUAAUUAAAUUGUG